UGUGUAGCUAGCUGACACACCUGUACAUCAUUAGAGGAACUAGAUGUGUAGCUGACACACCUGUACAUCAUUUGGAGAUCUAGAUGUGUAGCUGACACACUUGUACAUCAUUUGGAGAUCUGGGCGUGUAGCUGACACACCUGUACAUCAUUUGGAGAUCUAGAUGUGUAGCUAGCUGACACACCUGUACAUCAUUAGAGGAACUAGAUGUGUUGCUGACACACGUGUGCAUCAUUAGAGGAACUAGAUGUGUAACUGACACACCUGUACAUCAUUAGAGGAACUAGAUGUGUAGCUGACACACCUGUACAUCAUUCAACACUACUGGCGGGAGUAAAUCUCUUCGUAGAUCACUUCUCUCCUGCCCUGCCAGUUGUUGUAUUAUCUGAAGUUGCUGAGUUUUUGUGAUCACUGUGUAAGUCUGAAAAAUGGCGUCUACAGAGGAUACUACAAACACAGGGGAAGGAGAUUCCACAGGUCCAAAGUCCAGUCGACCAGGACCAGUCCACAGUCAAAACUGGAGAGGAGGUUCCAUCGGUCCAAAGUCCAGUCGACCGGGACCAGUCCACAGUCAAAACUGGAGAGGAGGUUCCACAGGUCCAAAGUCCUGUCGACCAGGACCAGUCCACAGUCAAAACUGAAGAGGAGGUUCCACAGGUCCAAAGUCCUGUCGACCAGGACCAGUCCACAGUUAAAACUCCUGACAAUGACACGAGCUUCGAUGAUUACACUCCACCAGAAUCAGAGGAUGUGUCCCAGGCAUCUAAUGUGGAUAAGCAGGAGAAAGCUGGCACAUCUGAAUCAACCAAUCAGGAGUCAGGAAUGGAAAUCACAAAGGAAAAACAAGAUGGUGGAACUGAUUCCUCUGAUCAGGAUUUGAAAGAAACAGAAGAAACAAAGAAUGAUGAUAUUAGUGAAGCAAAUGUUGAUCAAAAAGGAUUAAAUGAACAGGAAAAUUCAGGACAACAUGAUAAAGUAGAUCAACAAGAACAGCCUACUGAACAAGAAGGUGCUGACCAAUCAGAGGCUGAAGAAGCUGAACCUCAGAAAAAAGAUGUGAACGAAGGUGAGGACAAAGACCAGGAGGAAAAAGGGGACAACAGCAAUGAGAAGGAAAAUGAAGUUGUUACAGAGGCUGGAAAGGACGAGGAAAAGGAACAGAUUGAGGAAGAAAAUAAAGCAGAGCCCUGUGUAUUGACUGAGGGAGAGGAAGUUGUAAAAGGCGAUUCACAAUCAGAUGACAGGGGAGAGACUGUAGAUCUUGAAACCAUAGCAACAGGGGGAGACAACCCAGUCGAAACCAUGAAUACAGAGGCAGCAAUGAAUGAUAAAGAGGGUCAGCAGACCUCUGAACAGGAAACGUCACAGGAUGUUCCAACAGGAGACGAACCACAACAGGAAACAACGGGGGAGAAGUCUGAAGAUAAAGGAGAGGAGAAAACAGAUGUGAGUGAUGAAAAGGAAGGAGAGUCUAAACAGGAAAAUGAAACAAAACCUGAAGAAGAGAAAGGUGAAGAAGAGAAGUCAGCAUCAGAAGCUACUCCUGAAGUUUUAGGGACAGAGAACGCUUCUCAGAAUGAGGAGGCAAGCAAGCAGGAGGAAAAGCAGAAUGAAGGAAAAGGUGAAGAGGAACAAUUGACAGAAGAGGGUAAACAGGAAGAACAAAACAAAGAACAGGAGGAGGAGAAACGACAACAACAGGAAUCUUUGUUAAUGAAUCAGAAUGCUGAGAAGGAAGCAUUCCAACAGCUCAUGGACCAGAAUGUGAAUCUAGAGGCAGAAUUUAACAAAAUGAAAAAUCAGUUUGAUGAGAUUAAGGGGAAAUAUGUGGCAAUGGAAUCAAAAGUAUCUGAAGUCUCUAACGAAAACGAGGAAAAGAAGUCACACAUCAGUAAACUGGAGGAGGAGAUAAAGAAACUGAAGAGCCAGAUACAUGACGGAGGGAGUGAAGACAGUGAACAGAAGAUCAAGGACCUACAACAGCAGCUAUUGAGGCUGGCAAAAGAGGACGAAGAAAAGGAUAAAGAGAUCAGUACACUCAAAAAGGAACUUGAUAAAAAGGAUGUUAAGCUGUCAGAAUAUGGGAAUGGGGGUACACAAAACCAACCCUCUAAAUCAUGUACCAUUCUGUAAAAAUAAUGUGACAAGAUUAGAAAUACAGCAGCUCACAGAACCAGUCCUCAGUACUAUGUGUACGUAGGGGACAUCACAGCAGUAUAUUGGGGUAGAACAUCUGUGAGAGAUGUACUGGUACAUAGGGGACAUCACAGCAGUAUAUUGGGGUAGAACAUCUGUGAGAGAUGUACUGGUACAUAGAGGACAUCACAGCAGUAUAUUGGGGUAGAACAUCUGUGAGAGAUAUACUGGUACGUAGGGGACAUCACAGCAGUAUGUUGGGGUAGAACAUCUGUGAGAGAUGUGCUGAGGGAUUCAGGUAUAGCCUGAUAAAAUGUGCCGUCCAGUUGAAGCUGUCAUUCUGUCCAUAAACAGUCUAGGUCAGAAUUGGUGCCUGACCUUCAUCUGUAUUAUCCUGGUUGGUUAACUACAAGUGUGAAUUUGAAUUUAGUUCAAAUGUGAACAUGCAAGGUACCAAUAUUAAAUUUCUUGACCGAUAUAUAAGAUCUCUGACAUGGAUAUUGAAUGGUGAUAAUGUAGAUAUUAUUAGCAUCAUGUUUAGUUACGACUACAUGAAUGGUUACAUCGAACAGUUUACAUAUACAAUACAUGUGAGAUUGUUAGACAAGUUUUGUUGCUGAAUCCAGGGUACAGGUCUGAAUCCAGGUCAUAGGUUUAAAUAGUGGGCAUGGGUCAUGAUCCUUGUCAUGGGUCUGAAUCCAGGGUAUGAGUCUGAAUCCUUGUCAAGGGUCUGAAUCUGGGGUAUGGGUCUGAAAAGUGAUCGAUCUGUAUCCUUCGCAUGGGUUUGAGUCCAGGGGAUGGGUCUGUAUCCUGGUCAUGGGUCUGAAUCCUGGUCAUGGGUCUGAAUCCAGGGUACAGGUCUGAAUCCUGGUCAUGGGUCAUAAUCCUUGUCAUGAGUCUGAAUCCUGGUCAUGAGUCUGAAUCCUGGUCAUGGGUCUGAAUCCAGGGUACAGGUCUGAAUCCAGGUCAUAGGUUUAAAUAGUGGGCAUGGGUCAUAAUCCUUGUCAUGGGUCUGAAUCUGGGGUAUGGGUCUGAAUCCUGGUCAUGGGUCUGAAUCCUUGUCAAGGGUCUGAAUCUGGGGUAUGGGUCUGAAAAGUGAUCGAUCUGUAUCCUUCGCAUGGGUUUGAGUCCAGGGGAUGGGUCUGUAUCCUAGGGAUGGGUCUGUAUCCUGGGGGUGGAUCUGUAUCCUGGGGAUGGGUCUGUAUCCUGGGGGUGGGUUUGUAUCCUGGGGGUGGGUCUGUAUCCUUGGGGUGGAUCUGUAUCCUGCGGGUGGAUCUGUAUCCUGUGGAUGGGUCUGUAUCCUGGGGAUGGGUCUGUAUCCUUGGGGUGGAUCUGUAUCCUGGGGGUGAGUCUGUAUCCUUGGGAUGGGUCAUAUCCUGGAGGUGGAUCUGUAUCCUGGGGAUGGGUCAUAUCCUGGGGAUGGGUCUGUAUCCUGGGGAUGGUCUGUAUCCUGGGGAUGGGUCUGUAUCCAGUGGAUGGGUCUGUAUCCUGGGGAUCGGUCUGUAUCCUGGGGAUGUGUCUACAAAGUUUUUGCUGCUACAUUUACUGGUAUGCUAGCCUGGAUUCUCUGUCAUUCCUUUCCAGAGUACAUAAUGUAGUACCAAAGUAUGUUAACAUACCAUAUUUAUCCUAUAAUAAGCUCACCCCUCUACUUUCAUUUAAAGUUGAUGGUUUGGCCCCCUGGACUUAUUACAGAAUAAAUAUGGUACCACUAUCAAAAUCAAUUAUUGUCAAUUUUUAACUAAUAUAAAAAUGUUGAAAGUUAGAAAUCAAAAUGAAGGUGCUAUGUUCACAUUGAAAUUGUCUGCUUAAUUAAAUAAUUGAUGUUUGGUUGAUACCUUGUUAAAAGUCCCACAGCAUUUAUGGACAUUGAAAUACAAAGAAUGGAGGGUUUUUGUACAGAAAAUAGCAUUUUGUGAUUAUCUCCGUGUUUUGUGAUGUCGGAUGUAGUUAGAUAGUGUUAACACCUCACAGUUGAUACUUCAUUAGUUCAAACUAAUCCAGGAUUGUUUUUACUGUAGUUUAAUGAUUAUAGCCUAUACGGACAAAAUGGAUAUAAAUAUCUGACAGGGCCGUUUCCCAUUACACCGUUCUUAACACUUAGGUGUUUCUGUGAUAGUAACAUAAAGUUUUAGUUAUAGUUUAUAUCAUAUGUAUUCCAUACCUGAUGUAAACUUUCUACUCUGUAUCAAUUGAUUUAAACAGAAUUUUUAUUUGAAAUGUUACUGAGCUUACUUACUUAUAUCUUUGUGUUACAAUGUAUAUCAGUGUCAAAUCCUGAUAUGAUGUAUGUUAUUUAUAGGAAAAUGUAUUUAUUUACAACUUGUUGUAACUUAUAAUCCGUCCAUGUAUGUUUAUGUGAUAGAGAAAUAUAGACCUGCCCUAGAUUUGUUAGUAUGAGCUAUUCAGUCCAAGUCUAGGAAAUUUCUAGAUUUCAUUUGGUGAGCAACUAGCUUACAAACCACAUUUGAAAUUACAUGUUAUUUUUAAAAAAAAUUUUUUUUAACUUGUCAAUCUUUUUAGAUACAUUUAUUUUUGCAAAUGUAUAGUUGGUAAAAUUCUCCAUUCUGUUUUACUGAUGUGAUUACUGGUAAAUGACUGCUGUAGACGAUAACAACAGAUGGAACAUUCUUGUUUGAAAAUAUAUCAGAAGUAAUCAGCAUGCCAGGCGUCAAUCUCGUUUUAUACUUUAAAAUAUAACAUCUAAGAUAUAAUGAAAAUUUGGCAUACAACCUCUAAAAUACAUUGACAAUACGGAAAGCACAGCGUAUAAUAAUACCACUUCCUCUGUAAAUUUAUCGUCUUGUUACCUGUAGUCAUGGAGUAUUUAUUGAAAUAUCAAAACAAAUGAAAUAUUUGACAAGUGUUUUAUUUGUUGAUUGUUAAUUGUUAAAUUAUAAUUAAGACUUUGAAAUGUUUGUUUACUUCAUUAGAAGGGAAAGUGCUGAUUGGUUUACAUUGCAAGGUAGAUAACUCUUCAUUCCAAAUAUGACCUCACUGUGUAUAUUGUUGAACUGUGGUCAGAAGACCGUGCAUCCUUACUACAUACCUGGUAAUUGAAUCAAGUUAUUUAAUCCAUUUACACCAGAUCAAGUCCCAACAAGUUAAAUUAGCUGAGUUCAGCUUUUUAGCCUUGUUAUUUUACUUAAUUAGGCAACUAAAUCCGUCCAUUUGUUUCUGUAAUUUGUGAUACAAUCUAGUUUCCUUUUUUUAGUAGCUGAUCUUAAUAAACCGCAAACCUUAUUAUAAUCUCUGGGUAUAUCGAGUACACUGUUAUAUCGAGUACACUGGCUCCUCAGCCAUUAUCGUGUACUCAUUAGCCAUAUCUGAGGGUACAUCAUGUCCCAUCAGCCAUAUCUGAGGGUCCAUCAUGUCCCAUCAGCCAUAUCUGUUGGUACAUCAUGUCCCAUCAGCCAUAUCUGUUGGUACAUCAUGUCCCAUCAGCCAUAUCUGUGGGUACAUCAUGUCCCAUCAGCCAUAUCUGAGGGUACAUCAUGUCCCAUCAGCCAUAUCUGAGGGUACAUCAUGUCCCAUCAGCCAUAUCUGUGGGUACAUCAUGUCCCAUCAGCCAUAUCUGAGGGUACAUCAUGUCCCAUCAGCCAUAUCUGAGGGUACAUCAUGUCCCAUCAGCCUUAUCUGAGGGUCCAUCAUGUCCCAUCAGCCAUAUUUGUGGGUCCAUCAUGUCCCAUCAGCCAUAUCUGUGGGUCCAUCAUGUCCCAUCAGCCAUAUCUGAGGGUACAUUAUGUCCUAUCAGCCAUAUCUGUGAUACAUUUCCUUUCUAAGUCAAUUUACAACUCUUACUUUAGUUUAUUCUUCUUUUGUGUUACUUUUAUUUUUGAUUUUGUAGUAGUUAGUUUAUUUAUCAACAACAGUAAAUCCCAUUCAUCUCAGUGUUAUUAUACUGACACAGAUUUACAGUAAAUCCCAUUCAUCUCAGUGUUAUUGUACUGACACAGAUUAACAGUAGAUCCCAUCUAUCUCAGUGUUAUUGUACUGACACAGAUUUACAGUAGAUCGUCUUUAGUGGGAAGGUUUGUGUUGGGGAUUUAAUUUCAAACAAACAUUACAUAUUCUCUCAUUAAUAGAUUUAUAUUUGUUUUCAUUAUUUCUUCUAUGUCUACAGCAUAUAUGGGAACACAUGAUCAUGGAAAUAUGAAGGAAAAACUAGUAAAACCCAAGCCUCUGUUAUCAAUGGAUAUCACAUCAAAAUUUGAAGAAAAAAAUCAUUUCUUUUAAUUUAUUUCAAUUAAGCAAUUAUUUGAUAAGUUCAGCAUUUGCAAUUUUACAGAUUGAAAAUAAAUCAAAACUGCCCAAAUGAUUUUUCAUUGCCCUAAAUAUAAUGGCUGUAGGACACAACAGUUCUUUAGAAUAGUUUUAAUGAAAAUUGAUGAAAACUUAUACCAAUAUUAUCAUUGUUGAAUAGAAAGAUAGAAGCUAUCAAUUGAAAAAAAUAAAGUUUCAAGUUAAAAUAAAGGCAGAUUGGAUAUCACUGUGAAAUGUUUUGAGAAAUUGAAUUUCUGUGAUAAUUAUGAUUGGUUAUAAUAAAUCCUAUUUUUAUUUUUUAUUUUAUUUAUUUUAUUUCAUUUUAUUUAUUCAUUUUCGACAAUAUAAAGUAUCACCUUCCCCAUCAUUUUUUGUAUUGUUGUAGUUUAUGUAACAACUUUACCAGCUUCAUGUACCACACAUAAUAUGGACAUGACCUGAUUGACAAAUAAAAUCUUUUCAAGCCAAAAUUAUGAGGAUGACUUUCAGAAAGAAUAAAAUCAGUUAUAAAUCUU